AUGACAUUGGUCGUUUGCCUCGAGGCUCUGGAUCGCAUUGCGAUACCCGCUCAGUGUCCCCGCCUCAACGUCUUUGUUUUGAACAGUCCACUCAAUAAAAUCGAGGAAGUGCUCGUAGUGGAACGCAUGGAGGUCAAGCGUGGUUCCGUCGCGGCUCUCCGCGCACGGUGCGAGAAGGUCGUGUAG